AGGAGAACUUAGUCAGCGUUGCGCCGUCGGCCGUGGAGAUCGAAGGGACACAUUGCUCUGAUAGACCUCGUCGAAUGCACACUGCUUUUUUCGCGUUCUUGUAUUUGAGGAAGCAGAGGAGAUUGAGAGAGAAAGAGAGACUCGAGGUGAUUGUGUUAUGAGGAUCGGAGGUGCGACGACGGAGAGACAGUUUCUUUGACGGUGUUCGUUUGAGAAGAGAAGAGAUAGAUACGGGACGAUUUUCGAGUGCUGGACUUGGUUGAAUUUUCGAGUGAUCCAAAGAAGCAAGUUGGCUGCUGAGAUGGCGCAGACUUACAACCAGAAGAGGAACGUCUACAGCAUCGACCAGAUUUUAGGACAUGCUAAGAACGACGAUCAUGCAACUCCACCUCCAGCAGACACAGUUGGCGAGCCCGGUGACACGGAGAUCGGUUUGAGCGACCAUCAGAUCGGUGACGGCCUCAACGACACCCUGGAUCUCAACGAAUCGGACAGACCGCGAAAAGUGAGACGAUCCAGGACGACCUUCACCACUUACCAAUUGCAUCAACUCGAGCGAGCCUUUGAGAAGACACAGUAUCCCGAUGUUUUUACGAGAGAAGAACUGGCUAUGAGUCUCGAUCUUUCUGAAGCCAGAGUUCAGGUGUGGUUUCAGAACCGUCGGGCCAAGUGGCGCAAGAAGGAAAAGGCCCUGGGCAGGGACACCAGCUUUAUGCACGUCGAACAAGCCGGCGUAAAUGAGCUCUCGCUUCACGCUCACCUACUGCAAACGGCCAGCGGUCUCCCGGGCGGUGCUGGCCCCGACUCGGCCGGCGGUCACGCGGCAGCCAACGCCUUCCCCUGGUUCAUGCCGCCGAUGUUCCCACCACCGUGGUCGACCACCGCGGCGCCAAAACUACCGCACAUCCAGGCCUUUCUCUCGCAGUACUGCAUGGGCCUACCUUUCCAGAAUCUGGCCGGUAUUGGUCUACCCGGUGUCGUCGGCCUCGGUUCCACCGCAGGAGCCGUAGGUGGAGGCGCGUCUUCGCCUCUGAGUCAUCACAUCGCUUUGGACCGUCAGCAGCAGCACUCGCCACCGCAGCAACAGCAAAGCGGAUCCACGCAGCAUCCGUUGAAUCUGGGACUGCCUCAGAGUCUGCCGCAGAAUUUGAGCAGUAAGAAGAGGGAGAGGCCGGUCGACGACGACUCGAGUUCGGAUCACGAGGAGGAGAGGAGGAGACACAGCGCCCAGCUGCUCAGGGUCAAGGCGGAAGAGGCCAUGUGCAAGAAUGACAAUUGAAGAGGGCAUUUAUUGAAGGAUUGAGCAUGGUAUAGUGGUAGUAUAUAGUGCCGCCGCUCGACGAAUGAUAGAUGAUUUCGUUUCUUUCUUUUAAUCUGCAGUUCGUUCGUUUGACACCCUUAUCUUCACAAACCACUGACAAUAAUGCGAAUAUUAUGACUAUUAUUAUUAUUAUGCAGAGAUUUGUCGCGGCACUACGAGGAAUUUGGGUAUAGAGAGAGAGAGAGAGAGAGAGAGAGAGAGAGAGCGCAGUCUUUUUUAAUGUUACUGAAAGAAAAUAUGAAUAAUAUUAAUAUUUAUUGACAACCAUUACGACGAGACGCAACCUCGUUGUAAUCGAUCGCAAAGCAUAUAAAAUUUUAUUUUGUACCUUUUACCAUAUAUAUAUAUAUGGAAUACAGAUUAACGAACGUAAAAUUCCGCUGUAGUGAAAAUGUUUAUAUAAUUGUAAAUGGUUUAUUAGAUGAUUAUAUUAUAGUCGGUGAUUAUUAACAUGUAAGUCAGCUACAGUCAAAUCAUUUAAUUUAGUUUGCCAAACAAUUACUGCUGAGAAAAAUAUCAGUGAACCUUCAAGGCUGAUUUUUUCUCUUUGACUCAGAUCGAUGCGAAGAUAUACACUAUAAUGAUCCACGCAAGAACUACUUCGUGUGUUUGUUAUUUUUGCGCGGCCGAGAAGAAAGGAACAAGAAUACAUUUCUAAGAAGAUCCGGAGAUCAUGAUUCGUAAUAGCUUUAAUCGGCUUUGUCAAAAUUAUUCAGAGUUAUUCGCAGUAUUUAAAACUAUGAAUGUAGAAAAGUGAAGCAGAAUUUUCUUAAUGCAGUAAGUGUAAGAUGCCUAUUUCAAUCCUCCAAGUGUCUUUGCAAAAAGAUUUUUCUCGAAUAAUGACUUGUUACAAGGACGGCAUUUAUUAUCUUAUUGCAUAGAAAAAUUAGGUUUUCGAAAAAACUACUAUUAUGUUUUAAUACUGAUAACUAGUUUACCGCCUCGAAAACUCUUUCCACAAUUAAUUUUAUGAGCCCAAUGAUUAGUUUAACGUUGUUGUUAUUUUGUUGAUUUUUUUGUUAAAUAGAUUUCAAUUAGACUUUGUGCCUGAAUUUAUUUCAUAGAAUCAAUCAUAAAAUAAACUUUUCAGCCAUUCAAUCAAUCGGGAUUUACCAGAAAAAAAAUUAAAAUUUAUGUACAAUUUAAGUCAUUGAGUGAGAAUUGUUGAAAGUAUUCGUUAAAGCAUAAGCGUCGUUUAAUUAAAAAAAGAUAUUAUAAAAUAUGUAUCUACACGAAUCUUGUAAAAAGUAUUUCUUAGUUUCUAAGUAGCGAAACCGAAAUGUCGGUUAUUAGAGAUAAAUAUCAUAGAGAAGUGAGGCUCUCAGCGUCGGAAAUCGAGUGCGAUUUUGUAAGAUAAUAUAUUGUACGAUAUUAUCAUGUCAUAUGUGUGUGUGUAAAUAUGUAGGUAAUUCCUUCUGCCGCGUUAUACUGAGAAAUACACGAACAAAUAUUAUCAAUCUAAA